UAUCAUUCGUACAAAACACGCGUUUGUUAUUGUUACACUUUUUUUGCACAACUCGAUAUCAUUUUGAAUUUGUAUAUCGGUAGCGGUGGUGCGCGUGUGGUAUAACGAUCGAGGAACCCGCAAAUCCUCGAUACUUGUGCGUGCGUUUAUUUUUCGAGUUUUCUCUUUGUUGAUAAAUAUUUUCAAAAACAAAAAAAACAAAAAAAAAACGUGAUUGUCACGCGCACAGUAUCAAAAAAAAAGGACAUAAACAAGAAGCGAGGAUAUAUAGCCGCUCGUUGCUCCUGUGUGUUACCGCAAUCGGAAUUGCCGCUGUGUGUCGACGACGACGACGACAACUGUCACACAACUUCGCAUAACAACAGCGGCCUCGACUCACGACGUUUUUUCGAGAGACACAGGAUACGGCAGGAGGAAUAAGAAAGGAAGGAAAUAACAAGUAAAGGCGAUCGCGCAAACAUGGAGUCUUGGCUGAGCGACGUACAGCGCGUGAGAAUUCCACGGCCGAAAUUCGGCAGCGGCAACUCGGUGCGCCGCUCGAACUCGAGCGCGGCGCCGCACAACAGGCCGGAAGUGAGGCAGGCCUCGCAAGAGGUGGCCAAAGCCACCGAGGAGCUGCGACAGGCGCUCCAGGACAAGCUCUGAUCCUCACCACCUCCCCAAUCAUCGACCAUCAGCAUCCCUGAGACAUUGGAUUAUCGAUAUAUUCAUUACGAAUGACAUGUAAUAUCCCUAAUAUUGACACCUCGCUAAAAAAAAAAAUAUCGAGCUGCAUUCGAGUAUACGUCGCGCUCCGCAAGAUAGCUGAGCAACGAAUGCCACAUCAUUCCUUUAACUUUAAGAUAAUUUUACGUACUUUUUCAUUCGAGUACACGAAUUGAAAUGAAAAAAAAAUGUGUGAACCAAUAUCAGUCAUGUACGUGUAAUCGAUCGUUAUAAUUUUAUUUUUGUUUAUGCAUAAAAAAAGCUCACCUUCAUCGAGGUGUAUUGAAUCAUUAAACUCGAUUUAUUUUCGGAAAUUCUGAAAAUUGCAUUAUGAAUCUGAUUUAUAAUCGUCAUAAGAUAAUAAUAAUAACAAACAAAAAAAUGAAUUGUACCACGAACAUUGUAUCGCUCUUCAACUUUUUCAUUAACAUUUUUAUGUGUAAUCAUAUAAUAAUGAACUUACAUUAAUGAAUUGAAAAACUGUUACAACGGAUUAUUAUAAGGUAUACUUUUACGACAUUUUGUAAAUAUUAUUUUUAAUUUUUAUUAAUUUUUUUUGUUCAUUCACUCAUUGCUGCUUCAUCGCACAAAGCCGUAUUUGCAUAUUGAAUGAGGUCCGAUAUAAUAAAAAAAAAAUAUCACGUUACUCAGCGAAUACAA